GUCCGCCCCCGUCCGCGGCAGCGCUAGCCGGGCGCGGAGCCCGCGCGGGGCCGACGGGAGCAGCGCAGGCGGGCGGCGGCGGAGUCCGAGCCGCCCGCCCCUCCGCGUCCUCGGCCCGGGGGGGGAACCAUGGUGUUGGACCAGGAGGACGUUCAUAGUUCCUUGCAAUUCUGAGGCACAAAAGUAGGUGAGACUGCUUUUGUAUCUGCGAAGUGCUUCACUCCUGAAUGUAAUUCUAGCUGAGUGCAAUCUAGGUUAAGAGCAGGGCAAGCGGGUAAUUAGAGCCCGCUAGCUGCCCGAGGACCGGCCGCCCCGCCGAAGCGCGCCCGGAGCCGGCGUCCUUCUCCCGGCCGAGCCGAGCUGCGGCUGGACACGGAGCGCCCGAGAUGAUGGUGCUGGACAAGGAGGACGCCAUCAGCCUCGCGCCGCCCGCGUAACCCGAGAGGCGCUGAGCGCCGAGCAAAUCAGUGGCUUCGGGAAAUCGGACUCCAGAGCUUGCGGAGAGCGGGCGCGCGGGGAAAGACGGUGGCCGCCGGGUGCCCGGCAGGCGAGGGGAAAGGCCGGCCGGACCCUCGGGGAGACAGCUGCCCGAAAGCUCGGUAUGCCCAUGCUCUCUGUCCAGCCCAAAGGGAAGCAGAAGGGCUGCGCGGGCUGCAACCGCAAGAUCAAGGACCGCUACCUGCUGAAGGCGCUGGACAAGUACUGGCACGAGGACUGCCUCAAGUGCGCCUGCUGCGACUGCCGCCUGGGCGAGGUGGGCUCCACGCUCUACACCAAGGCCAACCUCAUCCUGUGCCGGCGCGACUACCUGAGGCUCUUCGGCACCACAGGAAACUGCGCCGCCUGCAGCAAGCUGAUUCCAGCCUUCGAGAUGGUGAUGCGGGCCCGGGACAAUGUAUAUCACCUCGACUGCUUCGCCUGCCAGCUUUGCAACCAGAGAUUUUGUGUGGGAGACAAAUUCUUCCUGAAGAACAACAUGAUCUUGUGUCAGAUGGACUAUGAGGAGGGGCAGCUCAAUGGCACCUUUGAAUCCCAGGUUCAGUAACGCCCGGCACCUGGCCUCCCGGCCCGUCUGUCCGUCCGCCCGCCUGCCCACCCGCCUGGCUGGCCAGCCACUCUCCUGCCGAUUAGAACUCCUCUGUCCUCGAUGGGAGGAAUGGCCCUUCCUCCACCGCCGCCCGUCUGUGUGUGACCCCUCCUGGGGCCAGGCUGGGCCUGUACAGUCUGUCUUCUGUAUAUAAAUGGGAACAUUUAUUUUAUGAGAAAUGUAAUGCGAUUUUAUUACUGGCGUGGAUUAAACUUAUGAAUGUU